AGUUAUCGCAAGGGACACAACUGGUAAACAAUGGCUUCCAAAGUGUCACAAUUCAUGCAACUGGGAAGGAAAAUAGUUGCUGUCGGAAGGAAUUACAAAGCGCAUGCACAUGAACUUGGAAAUGCGCUGCCAAGCAAGCCGAUGCUGUUUCUGAAACCAACCUCUUCCUACAUAGCGGAGGGUGAAAAGAUCAGGAUCCCAGAGGGCUGUACUUCACUCCACCAUGAAGUCGAGCUGGGCAUCGUCAUUGGUAAGCCCGGGUCUCGAAUAUCAGAGCAGGACGCCGCCAGUCACAUAGGCGGCUACAUUCUCGCCCUGGAUAUGACUGCCCGCGACUUUCAAGAGGAGGCGAAGAAAAAAGGUCAUCCUUGGUCACUGGCUAAGGGCUUCGACACCUCCUGCCCCGUGAGUGGAUUUAUAGAUAAAGAUAAGAUCUCGGACCCUUCCAAGGUGAGGUUGUGGUUGAAGGUAAACGAUUCUUUGAAGCAGGACGGAAACACUGGCGAUAUGAUCUUCUCAAUCCCACACUUGAUCAGCUACAUUAGUCGCUACUUCCGGCUUGAGGAGGGGGACGUGAUACUCACGGGCACGCCCGAGGGGGUCGGGCCGGUAGGGAGUGGGGAUGUUAUCGAGGCCGGGCUGUCUGACGUGGUCACUAUGAAAUUUCAGGUGGAACAGUCGUAGCGAACUCUGAACUUUGUUUUAUUUAGAUAGUACAUGUAGUAUGUUUACACAGAGAAUACGCAGGAAAUAAAGACAUUGAAUUUCA